UCUUCACUGUUAUCCUGCCCAGCUGGCUAUCGCGACACUCGAAUACUGCCAGCUCGACUUGACCAAGCCCGUUCAUUGGGCUCUGUACAGGGUAGGGAGAACAUGGCGCUCACGGUUCACCCCACGGUCCCCACCAAGCAAUGCCCCUCCGCCGUCAUCGGCAACAUUUUCUCGGUUCGCGACGGUUGCUUGCUUGAUAAGCAAAACAGACUCAUAAGAACCAUCCUGGGGCCUUCUUAGAUUCGCGAUCAGAGAACUGUGCCCUUAUUCCGUCGUACAAACCCCGAACCCGGCCAUCAGCAUCAUUCAGAUAUUGCGCCACCAUGGGCCUCGAGAAGGUCAAGCAUAUUGUGCUGGUGCUCUCCGGGAAAGGAGGCGUCGGAAAAUCAUCCGUCACAACCCAGCUCGCGCUGUCGCUCUCUCUCGCCGGCCACUCUGUUGGCAUCCUCGACGUCGAUCUCACCGGCCCCUCCAUCCCACGCAUGCUCUCGAUCGAAACGUCAAAAGUCACACAAGUACCUGGCGGCUGGGCGCCCGUGCUCGUACACGAUGCGAUAUCGGAGGAGAAUAUUGGCAGUCUGCACGCGAUGAGUCUGGGGUUCCUGCUCCCAAACAGAGGCGAUGCCGUCGUGUGGCGUGGGCCAAAGAAAACAGCCAUGAUUCGACAGUUUCUCAAAGAUGCAUUCUGGGGACCGACCGACUUCCUACUCAUCGACACACCGCCGGGGACAAGCGACGAACACAUCUCGCUUGUGGAAACGCUGCAGCGUGACGCCCUGCCGGGCCAGGUCGCAGGUGCCGUUGUCGUGACGACGCCUCAGGCGGUGGCUACAGCGGACGUGCGAAAGGAGCUCAACUUUUGCGCGAAAACCAAUCUCUCGGUCCUCGGUGUGGUGGAGAACAUGAGCGGUUUCGUAUGCCCACACUGCUCAGAGUGCACCGACAUCUUUGGGUCAGGGGGCGGCAAAGUCAUGGCGGACGAGUUCAAGGUGCCGUUCCUGGGAUCGGUGCCGAUGGAUGCGCAGUUUAUCGCGCUGAUCGAAGAGGGGAGGCGACCGAGAUACCCAGUAGGGACAGAGGUUGCUGGCCAUGAUAUAUCAAGCAAGGCGGCGGAAGCUCCAGACGCGGAGGACAAGGGGUCGCUCGUGGACAAGUACAAGGACUGUUCUUUGUCACAUGUCUUCAAAGGACUCACAGGGGGUCUUGUAGAAAAGAUCACCGCGUCUGGUGGGAGGUGAAAUAAAUUACACUUUGAUACCCGCGAGGAACUUAGGCUCAGGCGUGAGCAGAAUCGGGCAGAGCCGCCACGCUGAUCACCAAUUCUAACUUCAAACCCAUGCUACGAUUGACGGACUUUUUGGAAAUACUAAUUGAUUGAAAAUAGGCAAUACUCUUAUACUGCAGGCUCACCAGAAAAUUCUGCGACUCGCUCAGGUCAACGCAAAUUUCCUGGGAGUUCACAGU